AUGAACUGUAGACUCUACCAGAAGGCCUGCACGCAAUCAGAAAACCCAAAAGCCAAGAGCGCCUUGAUGCGAUCCUCAGAAGUCCCCUCCUCCAACACCCUUGAUCAUGGCAUUUCAGACCAGGGAGUCGCAUCGAGGACUUCGACAUUGGUCGGGCCUGCUCCGGAUUUGCUCAGACCUCUAGAUGCAACUCCCGCCCUGCAAGAGCAUAGCGAGGGGCAAAUGGACUGUGCUUUCACCAGCUGCGAGCCUCUGAACUAUGAUCGUCCCCAGCAGCCUAUUCAGCUGGACGAGCUCUUCGAAGAUGAGAUCCUGAGAUCAAAUGUCCCAUUCCAUGACUUCUCCUUCCUCGGCGAUCUGGUGGACGGCGAUUUUGAGUCUUUGGACGACCCACAAGCUACAUGCCUGCCCGAAACAGCUAUCGCGCCACCGGUAGCUGGUCUUGACGACCACGUUCAAACUCCCCGGUACACGCCCACAUCCAUCCCUCGCUUCUCUCAGGAGGAUGAUAAGCUUUCAGGUGUGGAAUCUCUCCAGCCAGCUUCCGGGAGCGCGAGAUCGGAGGGUCAUAUUCCAGAGGGGCUUUUCAUCAGCAUCGCCAAUGCCAAAGGCGGAUCCAAUUCUAGCGGUGCCACACUCGCAAGUGCCAUCCAUACUUCCAAAACCAAACACCCUCAGCUCUCGAGUGACCUCAACUUCGAAUGGCUUGUCCAGGCCGCAAAACAUAUCGCCAAAUUCGAUUCAGACGCUACAAUGGAGCUCUCAUCAGGACAAUUACCUCCAAAAUCUCUUGCGGCGAUUUGCGUGAACGCCUACUUCGAUAAUGUCCAAGCGUAUUACCCGAUCUUGCGCAAACAUCAGUUCCAAGCCAGCUGGGAGUCAUUGUAUGAUCGAAACCAGAAGACUCAUCGGGUGGCACAAUACAUACUUUCCUGUCUGGUCUUCACGAUUGGUGCUGCCAGCGAUCGGAUAAAUUCUGCGUUUUCAUCGCCAUUGGAUCAAUUCUCCCGUCAUCUGUUUCAAAAGGCCUGCGCACUGGUCUACGUUCCCAUGACCGAAAGUUCCCUGGUGGCAUUGCAGGUGAUGCUGCUUCACACCAUGUUCUUGGAACUCCACGGUCAAUACAGUCUGGCAUCGGUUCUCUGCGGAUUGAGUAUCCGCAUGUGUCAGCAACUCGGCCUACACAGGAGAAGUCCUCUGGACCUCAACCUUGAUCCAGAUGAGAUCAGAUUUCGAUCUCAACUGUGGUGGAUUGCCUUUAGAUUCGAAACAUCUUCCGCCAUGUGUGAGGGAAGACCAACUGCAGUCCGCGAGCUGACAUACGAUGUCGACAUCUUGCCGCUUUGCUCUGACCAAACCAAAGCGUCAAACACUGCUGGAUUGGUGUCUGCGAUCCACUGUUGGUAUGCCAGACUGACCGAACUCUCAAACCGAUUCGUGACCAUCAACAGUCUUUGCAUCACCCCAAAUACCAGGUUAGAGACUUUGAAGGAUCUUAACGAUACCCUGACGCGGUGGAGGGAUCAGUUGCCUAUUACACUUCAACCAGGACUAGACGUGGUUGCCGACUGGAACUCGUAUAUGCUGGUGGCGCCGCUUCAUCUCGAUUACUUCAAUCUCUUGCGGUCGAUUCACUGGGCUUGUAUCACGGCGAUCACCACGAAUUGGGAGGCCAUCCAUGAUCGACAUAGAUCCUCACUCCAAGCCAUUGAGAUGAGGGUGUUGUCUGCAGCACGUUCAUACGUCCAAAUCUUAAACAGGCAAGUUACCGUGGUUGUUGUCCCCACCGCGAGGCACUCUUGA